ACCAGUAACACGGCUGUAGCCAUGCAGAAAAGACGAACGAUCUGUUUAUCAAAAUUAAAACUAAAUUAAACGUAAACAAAAUAAUCAAAAUCAAUUAAUUGUAAAAAUUGAUUAAUUGUUAAAGAUAAUAUGGCUGCGAUUAGGACAUUUUUGUCAAUGGCAUCGAUAGUGGGAAUAACAAAUAUUUGUGAAUUAGAUAUAGUAUCCAGAAAAGAAUGGGGCGCCAGGGAACCAACUCAGGUAGAACCUAUCAAGGAGCAACUUUCUCAUGUUAUAAUUCACCAUUCAUAUAUUCCUGGAGCAUGUGGUGGGGCUGGUCAACCGGCCUGCGAUGGUGCUAUGAGGGCAAUGCAGGAUUAUCAUCAAUUGGAACAUGGGUGGAAUGAUAUUGGUUACAGUUUUGCUGUUGGUGGAGAUGGAAAAAUAUAUGAAGGCCGAGGAUGGAAAGUUGUGGGUGCUCACGCUCCAGGAUACAAUUUCAAUAGUGUUGGAAUUUGCUUAAUUGGUGAUUGGCGAACUGAACUGCCUCCUGAAAAAAUGCUGAAAGCCACUAAGAGUCUAAUAGAAUGUGGAGUAAGAGAAGGACAUCUUAGAAAAAAUUACACGUUACUAGGCCAUUUACAGGUAAGAAAAACCGAAUGCCCAGGGCAAAGAUUAUAUGAAGAAAUAAAAAGUUGGCCAAAUUUUGAAGAAACUGAAAAGGAAAAAUUUAAGAAGAAGGCAGAAACCCAAUAGCUACUUUAGUAAUUAACUGCCUCAAAAGUAUUAUAAUCUGUAUACUGACACAGCAUUUAUUAGGCAACUUGUUAUACAAUGUGAUAUCGUACAAAAUAAUUAUAUUAUAAUAUAGUGUAAUAAAAUAAAAAAUAGGUCUUACCUUAUAAAUAAAAAUUAAGUAUUUACAGG